CAAUGUACCGUAUAGUGUAUCUCUUAAUAACGUAAGGUUUCAAUUUUCCCUUUCGUAAGGCUUCUCUCGUUAAUUAAAUAACGUUCGUAAUUCAUUCGAUAGUUUAACCUGGUGCUACGCUGACAUCUUCUGGUUCGCAAUCUGCAGCAAUAAAUACGCGCCUACCGAAACUGUAGCAGCGUCGAGACGUCAAAGCGUGCGCCGUACCUAACGCCAUGGAUGCCAGUGUGUUAUCUGCGAUGGAUAAAGACGCUCUUAAGAAGCAGAUCGAGAAUAUGAAAUAUCAAUCGACGAUGGAGCGAUGGCCUCUGUCAAAAAGCAUAGAAGCGAUGAGAGAAUUCGUGGAAGAAAACGAAAAAACCGAUCCGCUCAUACAUGCUCCGGAUAAGAAAAACAAUCCUUGGGCUGAGAAGGGCAAAUGUAUGAUCAUGUAGAAUUACCUCAUAUACCUACCUGUAUAUCGUCGUUCAGCCCCCCCCCAACAUGUCCCUCUGUUCCCAGCCCAGCCCAUCAUUCCCUCAUACCCUUGUACCUCCUCCUCCUCCUCCUCCCCCCGGCCCUAUUUUUACAUCCAAUUUUUCUCGAUACAAUUGUCUCAGCCAUUUACCUCAUCUUAUAUAUUUAUGUUGUAAACGUGUACAUAAAAAAGUUAUAUAUCUGUCAACGUACCGUACUUAUUUUGGAAGGAAGAAAACAAAAAAAAAAAGACGACGACACGAGAUUCAAGAAUACUUUAUAAAUAAAGAAGAAAAAUUCAUAAAUAGAGAAUCAGCCUCUCUCAAUCGCUUAGAUAACGAAUAAUGUAGCUUACCCGUACACAUUUUAUUUCAUUUUUAUGAGAUAUUUUUUUUCAUUUUAUUUUUUUUUCCUUCUUUUAUUCUCAAUUCUGCAGCGAACCCGAAGCGGUGUGUUACUUCACGUUGAUUUUUUUUUGUUCGUUUAUUCGUAAUAUAAAAUUUAUGCUUUUAAUUUUAACAAUUUUUUUUUGUAUUAUUUUUAUUACUAUAUCAAGGGAGAUAUCUUUAUGCCCCCUUAAUAUUUUUUGUUUCGAUGAACUCACGAUGCCAAUCGUUUAAAAACUAAAAAUUUCCAUUCUGAUUACGUUCCACUUACCCUAGGUACGAAUCGAGUACCUAAUUAAUGAUUUGUACUAAUUUACCUAUAAUUAUCGUGUUAUUAAAAUGGAGUAUUUUAAAAUUGAUUAACAUGUAAUAAACUAAUAAUUAAUAAAAAUGUGAAAGUAUCUAUCCGCUACAAUAGUAUAUAAUAAACAAGUCGAAAAAUGUAGAAAAACUCAUCCUUUUUCCUCGAUCCAAUUUUUUGUUUGUUUUUAAUUCAAUUUUCGAUAUACGUAAAUUACCUAUAAUAAAGAAAAAAUUAUUAGACGACGAAGAUUGGCGUAUAUAUUAUGGCAACACUGUUCAGGUGUAUUGUGAUUGUGCGUGUGUGUGUGUAAUAUGAUACGCAAUAAAUUUUUUAAAAAUUUG